AUGACGGAAGUUGUGGAGGAAUAUGAGGAAUAUGAGGAAUUUGAGGAGGAGGAGGAGGAGAUUAUUACAACGACGACUGUCACUGAGAUCACGGGUUCUCAGGCCUUCCAGUCCGGCUUGCCCACCAGGAAAGUCAGGAAGAAGGUCAAGGUGGACACCUCCAAGUUCAUGACUCCGUACCUGGCUCACAGCCAGAAGAUGAUGGAGCAGUACAGUCAUAAUAAAUACCGGCAUGAGUACGACGUGUCCAGAGGGAAGCCUCCUGGAAUCAUCACUGAUUCUCCUGAGAUGAUUCGCAUCAGGAAGGCCCAGGAGCAGCUCAGUGAGGUUAAAUACCGCAUGGAGGGGAAUAAGACUCGGACAACCAGCCUGUAUGACGGUGAGGCCAGAGAGGUCGCCCACGUCAAACGGGUAUCCGACCUGAUCAGCAAGGUUCUGUACAGACAGAAGUGGGAUGAGACUAAGGACCGCUACCUGCUGCCUCCGGAUGCUCCUGAGCUGGUCCUGGCUGUGAAGAACGCUGCUAACUACAGCAAAAAACUGUACACGGAGGCCUGGGAUGAAGAGAAGACCAUGUUCUACCCUUACAGCGACAGCCCCGAGCUCCGCAGGGUGGCCAAAGCUCAGGAGGUCCUCAGUGAUAUUCGCUACAAGAAGGGUCACGAUCAGCGUAAGGCGAAGUACACCUCUCUGGCUGAUCCUCCUGAAGUGGAGCUGGCCAGGAGAGUGGACCGGCAGCGCAGUGAUCUUAAAUACAAGGAAGAUUACAAUAAGAACGUGAAGGGUCAAUGGUGCGAGACGCCGUACUUCGACGUGGCCACUGCCAGGGUGGCGAUGGAGAACUUAAGCAGCAAAAGAUACACGCAAGACUACGAGGACAAAAAAGACCAAAUCUACUUCAUGCAAACAGACACGCCCGUUUACGACACCAACAAGAAGGCUCGCAUCGCUGUCAGUGAGGUCCAAUACAAGAAGGAGUAUGAGAAGAGAAAAGCGGAGGCCGACUACAACACGCUGCCGGCCACGGAGAAUCCUCUCCUCAGACAGCUCAGAUACGCCGGCACCAUCCUCAGCGAUAAAGUAUAUAAAGCCAGCUAUGAGAAAGGCCGAGGUUCCAGCAUCAACUACUGCGACACGCCCAAGUUUCAGAUGGACUCCGUACUUAAAAAGUUCACUCACGCCCGUUACAAAGAUAAGUAUGAGAAUGAGGUGAAGGGUCACUACAUCGGCAGCUAUGAGGACAUCUAUAUGCUUCACUGCCAGAAAGUCGAGGAAAUGAAGAGUGAGCAACUUUACAAAGCCGAUUAUGAAGAGAUUAAGACGAGAUGCUUCUUCCCUCAAACCAUUACGCCUGAAUAUGAAGUCGGGAAGAAGCUCCUUCAGUGUAGUGAUAAAACUUACCGGCAACAUCCCGACAAAAUGAAGUUCACACAGGUGGUGGAUUCUCCGGUUCAGCUUCAAGCCGCCAUCAACGCCAAACAGCUCAGUGACUUGAACUACAAAGCAAAGUAUGAGGACACAAAGUUCAAGAAUAGUCUUCCCCCAGACUAUCCCUUCUUCAUCCAGUCCAGAGUCAACGCCUACAACCUCAGUGAUAACUGUUACAAGUACGAUUGGGAGAAAUCCAAAGCGAAGAAGUUUGAGAUCCGGGGCGAUGCCAUCUCGAUCCUUGCCGCCCGUGCUCACACCAACAUCGCCAGUGAUGUUAAAUAUAAGAAGGAGUAUGAGAAGAACAAGGGACAGAUGGUUGGAGCCCUCAGCAUCAAUGACGACCCCAAGAUCCUGCACUCCGUUCACGUGGCCAAAAUCCAGAGUGACCGUGAAUAUAAAAAGGACUAUGAAAAGAUCAAGACCAAGUACCACGCACCGCUGGAUAUGAUGUCCGUCUCCUUGGCCAAGAAAUCCCAGGGGAUUGCCAGCAUGGCGGGUUACAGGAGCAUCAGCACCAAAUACUUCCUCCCCCCCGACAGCGUGCUGCUGGACCUGGCCAAGAAAAACAACAUCAUCCAGAGUAACAAUGAGUACAAGUCUGACUACAACAGCUACACUAAGGGAUCUCCAUGGAUCCCCUUCGGCUCUUUGGAGGUUGAAAAGAACAAGAAAGCCGCUGAUAUCCUGAGUGAGAGAAAAUACAGAAAACACCCCGACACGAUCCCCUUCACCUCCAUCGACGACCACCCCGUCAUGAUGCAGGCCAAAGUCAACCAGCUUCAGAGGAGUGAUCUGUUCUACAAGAGAGGUCUGGAGAAGAUCCAUCAGAAGUACUCUCUACCUCAUGAUGUCCCCGAGUUCCUGCAGGCCAAGUGCAAUGCCUACAACAUCAGCAAGAACUACUACAAGCUUGCCUGGCAGGAGCACAUUGCUAAAGGUUAUGACCUGAGGCCCGACGCUAUCUCCAUCAAAGCCGCCAAAGCUGCCAGACACGCCGCCAGUGAUAUCCAGUAUAAAAAGGCGUACGAGAAGGCCAGAGGCCACCAUGUCGGCUUCCGCAGCAUCCAGGACGACCCUCUGCUGGUCCACUACAUGGGGGUGGCUAAGAUGCAGAGUGAGAAGAACUACAAGAAGGACUACCACAAGUCCAAGCUGAAGUACCACACCCCGGUGGACAUGAUGAGCGUGGUCCACGCCAAGCAUGCCUCGGCCGUGCAGACCUUCGCUGGGUACAAGCAGCACAACCACAAGUACUUCCUUCUGCCCGACGCAAUGAGUCUGGGUCUCGCUCGCAACAUGAACUACAAUGCCAGUGAUUACAACUAUAAACUGGAUUAUGAGACCUCAGUCAAGGGAACUGGAUGGGUUCCCAUCGGUUCCCUGGAUGUGGAAAAAGCCAAGAAAGCAGCGGCAGCGCUGAAUGAGACGAAGUACCGCCAGCACCCUGACACCCUAAAAUUCACCAGCACCGUUGACUCAAUGAGCAUGGAGCUGGCCAAGACCAAUGCCAAGAUCAUGAAUACGAAAGAAUACAAGGCCAGUGGAGAGAAGUUCAUGCACACCUACCAUCUCCCUGCUGAUUCUCCUGAACUGAUGCAAGCUAAAUGCAACGCCGUCAACAUCAGCAAGAAUUACUACACCUAUGCUCACCGUCAAGAUCUGCUCAAAGGACAUCUUGUGAAGGAAGAUGCUAUUUCCAUUAUUGCAGCCAGAAAAUCCAGAGACAUUGCCAGCGAUUACAAGUACAAGCUGGCCUACGAGAAGGCCAGAGGCCACCACGUCGGCCACCGCAGCAUCCAGGACGACCCUCUGCUGGUUCACUACAUGCAAGUGGCCAAGAUGCAGAGCGAGAAGAACUACAAGAAGGACUACCACAAGUCCAAGCUGAAGUACCACUCCCCAGUGGACAUGAUAAGUUUGACCCACGCCAAGCAGGCCUCGGCUGCUCAGACGUUCACCGGUUACAGGAAGAUCCCUCACAACUACUUCCUCCUGCCUGACAACUUGCACGUGCAGCGGUGUCGCAGCAUGAUGGAGAUUCAGAGCGACAAUGUCUACAAGUCCGAUUACAACAACUACAGUAAAGGCUUAGGGUGGGUUCCUAUCGGGUCUCUGGACGUUGAGAAGGCCAAAGUUGCUAGUGCCGCGCUGGCUGAACGAGGCUACCGCCAGCAUCCCAGCACUUUCAAAUUCACCAGCAAGACCGAUGCCAUGAACACAGUUCUGGCCAUGGCCAACAGCAAGCACAUGGACAACGCUUCGUACAGAGCUUCUGGUGAGAAGUUCAUGCACACCUAUAAUCUGCCAGCUGACUGCCCCCAGUUCCUUCAGGCUAAAUUCAACGCCCAGACGCUUAGCGAGAGUCACUACAAGCACAAGUGGCUGGGAGAUAUCGCCAAGGGAUACGACAUGAGGCCCGAUGCUAUUUCUAUCCUGCAUGCCAAGCAUGGAAGACAUAUUGCCAGCGAUAUCCAAUACAAGAAAGCGUACGAGAAGGCCAGAGGCCACCAUGUCGGCUUCCGCAGCAUCCAGGAUGACCCUCUGCUGGUUCACUACAUGGGGGUGGCUAAGAUGCAGAGCGAGAAGAACUACAAGAAGGACUACCACAAGGCCAAGCUGAAGUACCACACCCCGGUGGACAUGCUGAGCGUGGUCCACGCCAAGCAGGCCUCUGCUGCUCAGACGUUCACUGGUUACAGGAAGAUCCCUCACAACUACUUCCUCCUGCCUGACAACUUGAACCUGAAGCGGUGUCGCACCAUGAACGUCCAGACGAGUGAUUGUGACUACAAGUCUGAAUGGAACAACUACAUCAGAGGUACUGGAUGGGUCCCCAUUGGCUCUAUUGGUGUUGAGACCGCUAAAGUUGGCGGUCUGAUUCAGAGCGACAAUAGGUACCGCACUCAUCCAUCCACCUUCAAGUUCAGCAAGCUGAUGGACUCCAUGGACCUGACUCUGGCUACCGCCAACAACAAGAUCAUGGACAAGCAAGCAUACACUUCAGCUUGGGAGAAGGACAAACGGACAGUCCACAUCAUGCCAGAUGCUCCAGAGAUUGUCCUAGCCAAGGCUAAUGCCCUCAACAUGAGCAAUAAACUUUACAAAGCCGGUGUCGUGGCGAUGGCCAAUAAAGGCUACCACCUCAAAGGAGACGCCAUCCCAAUUUUGGCCGCCAAGCUCGGAACAACCAUUGCCAGCAAUUACAAGUACAAGCUGGCCUACGAGAAGGCCAGAGGCCACCACGUCGGCUUCCGCAGCAUCAAGGACGACCCUCUGCUGGUUCACUACAUGGAGUUGGCCAAACUGCAGAGCGACAAGAACUACAAGAAGGACUACAACAAGGCCAAGCUGAAGUAUCACUCCCCAGUUGACAUGGUGAGCGUGGUCCACGCCAAGCAUGCCUCAGCUGUCCAGACUAUGGCCGGAUACAGGAAGAUCCAGCACAGUUACUCUCUGCUCCCUGAUGCCAUAAACCUGAAGCUGGCUCGCACCAUGAACGUCCAGUGUAGUGACUGGGACUACAAGUCUGAAUAUAACAACUACAUCAGAGGUACUGGAUGGGUCCCCAUUGGCUCUAUUGGUGUUGAGACCGCUAAAGUUGGCGGUCUGAUUCAGAGCGACAAUAGGUACCGCACUCAUCCAUCCACCUUCAAGUUCAGCAAGCUGAUGGACUCCAUGGACCUGACUCUGGCUACUGCCAACAACAAGAUCAUGGACAAGCAAUCUUACACCACCGCCUGGGAGAAAGACAAGACUUCCAUCCACAUCAUGCCUGAUGCAAUGGACAUUGUUCUUGCCAGAGGAAACAAGAAGAACUUCAGUGAGAAACUGUACAAACUGGACAAUGAGCUGUCCAAGAAGAAGGGCCAUCAUGUUGGUGGUGAUGCCAUUGCGGUCCUGGCUGCCAAAGCCUCCACUGCUAUUGCUAGUGAUUACAAGUACCACGCAGGGUACCGUAAGCAGGUCGGCCACCACAUCGGUGCUCGCUGCGUUCAGGACGACCCUCUGCUCAUGCUGGCUCUGAACUCAGCCAAGAUCGCCAGUGAUGCUCUGUACAAGAAGGACUUCAACAAGUCCAAGACCAAGUUCAACCUGCCCGUGGACAUGAUCGCCUUUGAACUGGCCAAGAAGAACCAGAUCCAGGUCAACCACGCCAACUACAUCACCCGCCUCCACAACUGGACUUGUCUGCCAGACUCCACUGAUGUCGUCCAGGCCAGACGUGCUUAUAACAUACAGAGUGAUAAUGUUUACAAGGAGGAUCUGAAGAUGAUGCAGGGUGUCGGGUGGGUGCCUUUAGGUUCACUCGAUGUUGAGAAGGCAAAGAAAGCUGGUGAGGCCCUGAAUGAGACAAAGUAUCGCCAACACCCAAGCAACUUCAAAUUCAAAAUCACCACUGAAGACAUGCCCAUGAUGUUGUCUAAGGCCAACGCUCAGGUUAUGAACAAGCAAGCUUACAUUCAAGCCUGGGAGAAAGCCAAAACAACCGUUCAUGUCAUGCCUGACUCCAUGGAAGUUCAACUGGCCAAAGCAAACAAAUCAAACUACAGUCUGAAUACAUACAAGCAGGCACAUGAAGCAGCCAAGAAGAAGGGAUACGACCUGCGUAAUGAUGCCAUUUCCAUCCUUGCAGCCAGGGCGUCCAGGGACAUUGCUAGCGACUACAAGUACCACGCAGGAUACCGUAAGCAGGUGGGCCACCACAUCGGUGCUCGCUGCGUUCAGGACGACCCUCUUCUGGUUCUGGCUCUGAACUCAGCCAGGAUCGCCAGUGAUGCUCUGUACAAGAAGGACUUCAACAAGUCCAAGACCAAGUUCAACCUGCCCGUGGACAUGAUCGCCUUUGAACUGGCCAAGAAGAACCAGAUCCAGGUCAACCACGCCAACUACAUCACCCGCCUCCACAACUGGACUUGUCUGCCAGACUCCACUGAUGUCGUCCAGGCCAGACGUGCUUAUGACAUACAGAGUGAUAAUGUUUACAAGGAGGAUCUGAAGAUGAUGCAGGGUGUCGGGUGGGUGCCUAUAGGUUCACUGGAUGUUGAGAAGGCAAAGAAAGCUGGCGAGGCCCUGGAUGAGAGAAAGUAUCGUCAACACCCAAGCAACUUCAAAUUCAAAAUCACCACUGAAGACAUGCCCAUGAUGUUGUCUAAGGCCAACGCUCAGAUUAUGAACAAGAAAUCAUACCAUGAAGCCUGGGAGAAGCAGAAGUCAAAUAUCCACAUCAUGCCCGACGCUAUGGAUGUUCUUCUAGCCAAAGCCAACAAUGUCAACUACAGCUUGAAAAAAUACACGCAAGCACAUGAAGACUCCAAGAAGAAGGGCUAUGAUAUGCGCAAUGAUGCCAUCUCCAUCAUCGCAGCCAGGGCUCACAGGGACAUUGCCAGCGAUUACAAGUACCACGCAGGGUACCGUAAGCAGGUGGGCCACCACAUCGGUGCUCGCUGCGUUCAGGACGACCCUCUUCUGGUUCUGGCUCUGAACUCAGCCAGGAUCGCCAGUGAUGCUCUGUACAAGAAGGACUUCAACAAGUCCAAGACCAAGUUCCACCUGCCCGUGGACAUGAUCGCCUUUGAACUGGCCAAGAAGAACCAGAUCCAGGUCAACCACGCCAACUACAUCACCCGCCUCCACAACUGGACUUGUCUGCCAGACUCCACUGAUGUCGUCCAGGCCAGACGUGCUUAUGACAUACAGAGUGAUAAUGUUUACAAGGAGGAUCUGAAGAUGAUGCAGGGUAUCGGGUGGGUACCUUUAGGUUCACUGGAUGUUGAGAAGGCAAAGAAAGCUGGCGAGGCCCUGAAUGAGAGAAAGUAUCGUCAACACCCAAGCAACUUCAAAUUCAAAAUCACCACUGAAGACAUGCCCAUGAUGUUGUCUAAGGCCAACGCUCAGAUUAUGAACAAGAAAUCAUACCAUGAAGCCUGGGAGAAGCAGAAGUCAAAUAUCCACAUCAUGCCCGACGCUAUGGAUGUUCUUCUAGCCAAAGCCAACAAUGUCAACUACAGCAUGAAAAAGUACAAACAAGCAAAUGAAGACUCCAAGAAGAAGGGCUACGAUAUGCGCAACGAUGCCGUUUCCGUUAAAGCAGCCAGGCUUUCUACGGACAUCGCCAGUGAUUACAAGUACCACGCAGGGUACCGUAAGCAGGUGGGCCACCACAUCGGUGCUCGCUGCGUUCAGGACGACCCUCUUCUGGUUCUGGCUCUGAACUCAGCCAGGAUCGCCAGUGAUGCUCUGUACAAGAAGGACUUCAACAAGUCCAAGACCAAGUUCAACCUGCCCGUGGACAUGAUCGCCUUUGAACUGGCCAAGAAGAACCAGAUCCAGGUCAACCACGCCAACUACAUCACCCGCCUCCACAACUGGACUUGUCUGCCAGACUCCACUGAUGUCGUCCAGGCCAGACGUGCUUAUGACAUACAGAGUGAUGCUGUCUACAAAGCUGACCUGAAGUGGCUCCAGGGCACGGGCUGGGUCCCCAUUGGCUCACUUGAUGUGGAAAAAGCCAAGAAGGCUGCAAAUGCCUUGAGUGAAAGGAAGUACCGCCAGCACCCCUGCACUCUUCCCUUCAAAAGCACCACAGAGGCCAUGAACAUCGUACUGGCAAAGAAUAACGCUUUGACCAUGAACAAGCAUCUGUACACCGCGGCAUGGGAGAAGGAGAAGACCAAGCUGCACAUCAACCCUGACACCCCUGAGAUCAUCCUCUCUCAGCAGAACGCUAUCAACAUGAGCAAGAAACUCUACAGACAAGGUUUUGAGGAAACCAUCAACAAAGGCUAUUUCCUCCCUGUGGAUGCAGUGUCUGUCAAGGCUGCUAAGGCCUCCAGGGACAUCGUCAGUGAUUACAAGUACAAGACAGGUUACCGUAAGCAGGUCGGCCACCACAUCGGCGCCCUCAGCGUCCGGGACGACCCUCUGAUCAUGCUGGCUAUGAACUCGGGCAAGAUCGCCAGUGAUGUUCUGUACAAGAAGGACUUCAACAAGUCCAAGACCAAGUUCAACCUGCCGGUGGACAUGGUGAGUCUUGCGCUGGCAAAGAAAUGCCAGAUUCAAGUCAACCACGCCAACUACAUCACCCGCCUGCACCAGUGGACCUGCCUGCCAGACUCCACUGAUGUCGUCCAGGCCAGAAAGGCCUACGAUCUGCAGAGUGAUGCUGUGUACAAAGCUGACCGGGAUGAGGUCAUUGGCGUAGGAUGGGUCCCCAUUGGUUCACUUGAUGUGUUGAAGGCCAAGCAUGCUGGCAAGAUUCUCAGCGACCAUCUCUACAAGCUGAAACCAGACAAACAGAAGUUUACAACUGACAUGACUUCCAUUCCCAUGGUCUUGGCCAAAGCAAAUGCUGAAAUCAUCAACAAGAAAAACUAUGUUGCUGCUUGGGAGGCUGACAAGGUUAAGAACCACAUAAUCCCUGACUUACCUGAGAUUCUGCUUUCUAAAGCUAAUGCUUACAACAUCAGCAAGAAACUAUACCGGGAAGGUGUUGAGAAGAUGUUCAGGAAGGGCUACGACAUCAAGUCCGAUGCUGUCUCUAUUGUUGCUGCUAAACGUGGAAGAGAAAUCAUCAGUGAUUACAAAUACAAGACAGGUUACCGUAAGCAGGUCGGCCACCACAUCGGCGCCCUCAGCGUCCACGACGACCCUCUGAUCGUGCUGGCGUUGAACUCAGCCAGGAUCGCCAGUGAUGCUCUGUACAAGAAGGACUUCAACAAGUCCAAGACCAAGUUCCACCUGCCCGUGGACAUGGUGAAUCUUGAACUGGCCAGGAAAUGCCAGAUCCAAGUCAACGACUUCAACUACAGAACUCAUCUGCACAACUGGACCUGCCUACCGGACUCCAACGAUGUGGUCCAGGCCAGAAAGGCCUACGACCUGCAGAGCAAUGCUGUCUACAAGGCCGACAUGGAUUGGAUCAGGGGAACGGGUUGGGUGCCGAUCGGUUCAGUUGAUGUUGAAAAAGCCAAGAAAGCAGGCGAGAUCCUGAGCGAAUUCAAGUACCGUCAGCAUCCCAGCCACUUCAAAUUCACUGCCCAGACAACUGACAUACCAUUCGUCCUUGCUCAGACCAAUGCCCAGACCAUGGACAAGAAAGCGUAUACUUCCGCCUGGGAGAAGGACAAGAUCAACCUCCACGUCAUGCCUGACACCCCAGAGAUCAUCCUGGCCAAGCAGAACACAAUCAACACCAGUCUGAAACAAUAUCGUGAAGGCUACAUGGACACCAUAAACAAAGGAUACUACCUUCCCAAAGAUGCAAUUUCUGUUCGAUCAGCCAGGGCCUCCCGAGACAUCGUCAGUGAUUACAAAUACAAGGCUGGUUUCCGCAAACAAUGUGGUCAUCACAUCGGUGCGCUCAGCGUCCAAGACGACCCACUGAUGAUGUUGGCCGCCAACGCAGCCAGGAUCUCCAGCGACAACAUCUACAAGAAGGAAUUCAACAAGACCAAGACCAAGUACAACCUGCCCGUGGACAUGCUGACCAUCGAACUGGCCAAGAAGUGCCAGCGGCAAGUGAACGACUUCAACUACAGAACCCACCUGCACCAGUGGACCUGCCUGCCAGACUCCACCGAUGUGGUCCAGGCCAGAAAGGCCUACGACCUGCAGAGCGAUGCCGUGUACAAAGCGGACAUGGAGUGGCUGAGAGGAUGCGGCUGGUCCCCUCAGGACUCUGUGGACGUCGUCAAAGCUAGAAAAGCUCAGGCCAUCAUAAACGAGAGGCUCUACCGCCAACCCGCGAGCAGCGUGAAGUUCACCAGCGUGGUCGACCUCCCCGAGAUCGUCCUGUCCAAGCAGAACGCCGCCAACAUCAGUGAUUGGAACUAUAGGGAAGCCUGGGAUAAAGACAAGCUCUCCAUCCACAUCCCAUCUGACACCCCCGGCUUGGUGCUGUCCAGAGCCAAUGCUAUCAGCAUCAGCAAUAAACUGUACACAAAGGCAUGGGACGACCAGAAGGCCAAGGGCUACCACAUCAAGCAGGAUGCUAUCGCCGUGCUGAAGGCUAGAGCUUCCAGAGAUAUCGUUAGCGACUACAAGUACCACGCAGGAUACCGUAAGCAGGUCGGCCACCACAUCGGUGCUCGCUGCGUUCAGGACGACCCUCUCAUCAUGCUGGCUAUGAACUCAGCCAGGAUCGCCAGUGAUGCUCUGUACAAGAAGGACUUCAACAAGUCCAAGACCAAGUUCAACCUGCCAGCCGACAUGCUGACUCUCGAGCUCGCCAAGAAGUGCCAGAGCCAAGUCAACGACUUCAACUACAGAACUUAUCUGCACCAGUGGACCUGUCUGCCAGACUCCACCGAUGUGGUCCAGGCCAGAAAGGCCUACGACCUGCAGAGCGAUGCGGUGUACAAAGCUGAUAUGGAGUGGUUACGUGGAUGUGGAUGGAUGCCACAUGAGUCUGUGGAGGUUAUGAAGGUGAAACACGCACAGAAGGUCCUGGCUGAGAGAGGCUACCGUGUCAAGUUGGAUGAGCAGAAAUUCAUAGUUCCAACUGACAGAGUGGACAUGGUUUGUGCUAAGAACGCUGCUAACGUCCUCGACGAGGCCAAAUAUCGUGAGGCCUGGCACCAGGACAAGACACAUUACACGCUAUCGGACACUCCAAUUCUUGCCACGGCCAGAGAGGUGGCGAAGAACCUUCACCCUAAACUGUACACCAAAGCUUGGGAUAAGGUCAAGGCCACGGGAUACUUCAUGCCUGGAGACGCUGUUCCCAUCAAGCAGUGCAUCAAAACAACUAAAGUGCAGAGUCAACAUAAGUACCUUGAGAGUUACCGUAAGCAGACGGGCCACCACAUCGGAGCCCUCAGCGUCCACGACGACCCUCUCAUCAUGCUGGCGUUGAACUCCGCCAAGAUCGCCAGUGAUGCUCUGUACAAGAAGGACUUCAACAAGUCCAAGACCAAGUUCAACCUGCCCGUGGACAUGAUCGCCUUUGAACUGGCCAAGAAGUGCCAGAUUCAAGUCAACGACAACAUUUACAGAACCCGCCUGCACAACUGGACCUGUAUGCCGGACUCCUCCGACGUCAUCCAGGCCCGCAAGGCCUACAAUCUCCAGAGCGAUAAUAUGUAUAAGUCUGACAUGGAAUGGCUUCGUGGCUGCGGCUGGGUGGCGGCCGAGUCCGUUGAACACGUCAAGGUCAGGAAGGCCCAGGAGAUUCUCAACGAGAGGCACUACAAGAAGAGCGCCAAAGACAGCUUCGCUAAAUUCACCCUGAUUGUGGAUCGUCCCGAGUUAAUCUUGGCAAGGAUAAACGAUGCAAACCUCAGUGAUCUGAAGUACAAAGAGACCUUCAAUGCAGAAAAGGGUCAUUAUAUUGGUUCAGAGGACACUCCUCAACUGGCUCAUAGCAGGCAGGUGUCCAAGAACAUCAGCGAGAAACUCUACAAACAGCAAUGGGAUGAGUCUAAAGCGACGGGCUACCAGCUGAACCAUCAAUACAUCCCACUGCUCAGCGGCAAGAAGGGCAGGGAGAUCAUCAGUGAUGCCAAGUACCAUGAUUUACAUGAGAAGGCCAAGGGUCACUACAUGGCCGAGACGCUGGUGGACUUCCCCGAAGUGAUGCGCUGUGGACAGCAGGAGAAGAACAAGGGACUGAGAAUCUAUACGAAGGACUACCACAACACCAAGACCAAGACCCAUCUCCCACCAGACAUCAUCGCCAACAAGGUUGCUAAGCGCUGCCAGGACAUGCUGAGCGACGUCCUCUACCGCACCUACCUGCACCAGUGGACAUGCCACCCCGACCAGGAGGACGUCAUCCGCGCCCGCAAGACCAACGAGAUUCUGAGCGAUGUGUUCUACAAGGAAGACCUGAACUGGAUGAAGGGAAUGGGUUGCUUCGUCUGGGACACGCCAGAGAUCAUGCGUGCCAAGAAGUCCUACGAGAUGCAGAGUGAACUUAAAUACAGACAUGAGGCCAAGAAAGAAUUCAACAACUACUCCAUCGUGACAGACACCCCGGCUUACGUGACUGCUGUCCUGGGUCACACCUGGGCCAGUGAUCUCAACUACAGGGAGGCGUAUCACAAGGAGAAGCACUUGUACACCACCGUUCUGGAUACAUACGACUACGCCAGAUGCCACAACUUCAAGCACUUCUUCAGCAAAAAAGAGUACAGCUCCGCCUGGGACAAAAUCAAAGCCAAGAGCUACCAGAUUCCACACGACUCACACGCCCUGCAGCACGCCAAACGGCAGAAGGUCAUCCUCAGCGGAGUGAAGUACAAGGAGGAUUAUGAGAAGUUCAAGUCCCUCUACAGUCUGCCCAAGUGUCUUGAGGACGAUCCCGCCACCGCUCGCUGCGUCAAAGCUGGAAAGCUGGUCCUGGACCGUCUCUACAAGGAGAACUACGAGAAGACCAAGGCCAAGAACCACAUCCCACCAGACAUGCUGGAGAUCCUGUCCGCCCGCAAAACCCAGUCCACCGUCAGCGGGAUCCACUACCGCAAGUUCCUGCAUCAGUGGAUAUGCCUCCCUGACAUGCAGGUCUACACCCAGGCACGCAAGGUCAACGAGCAGCUCAGCGACAUCUUCUACAAGGACGACCUGAACUGGCUGAGGGGAAUCGGCUGCUACGCCUGGGACACGCCGGAGAUCAUCCGCGUCAAGCACGCCGGUGAUCUUCAGAGCGAGAACAAGUACAGAGCCAAAGGUAUCGAGUCUUUCAAGGAGUACUCUGUGGUGACGGACACUCCAGUGUACGAGACCUCCAAGCAGAACUCAGUGAACCUGAGCGACCUGCACUACCGCUACGAUUACAACGCCAACAUCAAGGGCACGAACACGGCUCCCGCUCAGACCGUGGACACUGAGAGGGCUCGCAUGGCCAACUACAUCCAGAGUGAUAACUGGUACAAGGAGGCCAACAAGAACUCCAUGCCCACCGGCUACUCCCUCCCCAAAGACACCCCUCUCAUCAAGCAGGCUAAGUUGAACAGCACUGUCACCAGCUAUGUGAAGUACAAGGAAGCCUACGAGAUGACGAAAGCGAAGGCCUACACUCUUCACCCAGAGGGCGUCAACUUCGUCAACUCAAGGAAGGCCAACAAGAUCACCAACAAUCGUCUGUAUCGGGAGGAAUACCACAAGCAGAAGGACAAGAUCCACACGACCUACGACACUCCGGAUAUCAGACAAGUCAAGAUGAACCAGAAGAACCUCAGCGAAUUGUGCUACAGAGAGAAAUACUACAACAGCAGAGGUCAGCUGAUCUCUCUGCCCAUCACGCCCCAGCUGCUGCACUGCUACCACGUCAACGAGAUCACCAGCGAACUGAAAUACAAAGAGGAUCUGACCUGGCUGAGAGGAGUCGGCUGUUUCUUAUACGACACCCCGGAGAUGAUCCACGUCCGCAACAUCAACAAGCAACGGGUGACCUACCCGGUGGAGGCCAAGAAGAACCUCGCCAACUUCUCCGUGGUCCUGGACACGCCCGAGUAUCAACGUGUGACCGAGCUGAAGACCCACAUGAGCAACAUGAUCUACAAAGCGCAGAGCAAGGAGGACAUGGCGAAGGUCUCCAACACGGUGGACUCUGUGGACAUCCUGAGAGCCAAAUGGGCCCAGCAGCUGACCAACAAGUUCCAGUACACCAACCUGGCCAGUAAGGAGAGAGCUCACUUCACUCAAGAAAUUGAAACUCCAAACAUGGGCCAUGCUAGAAGAAUGAAAGUGGUCUGCAGUGAUAACAAAUACAAAGACCAGUAUGAGAAGAUGAAGCACAGGUACACUGCCAUCGCUGACACACCUCUCCUGAUCCGGGCCAAGAAAGCCUACCUCCAGUCCAGUGAUCUGCGUUACAAAGAGACCUUUGAGCUCGCUAAAGGUCACUACCACACGGUGAAGGACGCUCUGGACAUCACCUACCACCGCAGAGUCACCGAUGACAUCAGCGAGGUUAAAUACAGACAGAAGUACAUUAAAUCUCUGGGAACAUGGAAGUCCAUCCCCGACCGUCCAGAGUUCUUCUUCAGCAGAAUCGCCAACGAGAACAUCAGCAGCGUGAAGUACAAGGAGGACCUGGAGUGGCUGAAGGGAAUCGGCUGCUUCGUGUGGGACACGCCUGAGCUGGUGACGGCCGAGAAGAACAAGAAGCUGUACAGUGAGAGACUCUACAAAGCGUCCUUCGAGAAGAACAGAGGCAACUUCAAGUACAGCUGUGACACUCCGUUCUUCCAGGCUGCCAAGUACGCCUCCACCCUCAUCAACGACGCAAGGUAUAAAUCCAAAGCAAAGGAUCUGCUAAAGAGCGGUUGCAAUGAGCUUCGGCGCCCUGAAAUCCUCACCGCCCUUUACCAGUCUACUCAGAGCAGUAAGUGGAGGUACAGGGAGCAGUAUGAACGGGCCAAGGACAAGUUCACCUCGGUUCUGGAGACUCCGGAGUACGAGGCCUGCAGACGCAGCAAGAAGAUCACUGAUAUCAUCUACAAGAUGGAGCACAACAAGACCAAGGCUAAGGGAUACACCUUACCUUAUGACACUCCACACCAGCAGCACAUGAAGAGGGUCAAGGAUAUCACCAGCAAUCUGAAGUACAGAGAAGUUUAUGAGAAGAGCAAAGCCCAGAUCAACAUGGACCCCGAGGCUCAUGAGAUCCGUGCUGCCAAGGAGGCCUACAAGAACAUCAGCAAUCUUGACUACAGGAAGAAGUAUCAAGCCACCAAGAACAAGUGGAUCUGGACGGCAGACAGACCCGACUUCCUCAACGCUGCCAAGAACUCCCUGCAGCAGAGUGAUGUUGAGUACAAGUACGACAAAGAGAUGAUGAAGGGCUGUGUGAUUCCUGUCGUGGAUGACAAGUUGACCCUCCUGAAUAUGAAGAAUGCAGAAAUGGCCAGCGAAGUGAAGUACAGAGAGAAGUAUGAGAAGGGGAAGGGCCACUACGUUCCCGUCAAUGACACUCCUCAGAUCCUGCACGCCAAGGCUGUUCGCUCUCUGGUAUCAGAGAGCAAAUACAAGGCGGCCAGUAAGAAGGAGAUGCAGUCUGGUUCGUUCACCACCCUGUCGGAGACUCGUGACACCGCUCACAGCAAAGAGAUCAACAAGCUCAUCAGCGGGAAAUUGUACAAAGCCAAGUUUGAGAAGGAAAAGGGCAAGUCCAUCUAUAACAACAUGAUUGUUCCACCUGAUGUUCAGCACGCCAUGGGAGUGGCCAAGAGUCAGAGCAGCAUCGCCUACAAGAAAGACGCCAAAGCCAACCUCCACUACACGAGCGUGGCCGACCGUCCUGACAUCAAGAAGGCUACUCAGGCUGCCAAGCUCAUCAGUGAGGUCGGUUACCGUGAGAAGGCCCGUCAGGAGGCGAGCCGUGGAGGAUCUCUGGUCCACCGCCCGGACAUCGCUCUGGCCACUGAGGUGUCCAAGCUGACCAGCACGGUGGAGGGCAAGACCUCCCACCACGGAGCAUCUUCCUAUGAUACCCUCCAGAUGCGCCACAUUAAGAAAAUGAGUGCCAUGACUAGUGAUGUGAAGUACAAGGAGAAGUUUGACAAGGAGAUGAAAGGAAAGAAACCCAUAUAUGACCUGAAGGACAGUAAGAUUUACCAGACUUUGAAGGAUGCCAAUGUGUUGGCUAGUGAGGUGAAGUACAAGGGUGACCUGAAGAAGAUCCACAAGCCUGUGACCGACAUGGCCGAGUCUCUGUCCAUGCAGCACAACCUGAGCACCAGCAAGCUGUCCAGCAGCUACUGCUACAAGAAGAAGUUUGAGGAGAGUAAAGGUCACUACCUCAUGAUCGCUGACACACCAGAACAGCUCCAUCACAAGGAGGCCUCUGAACUGCAGAGCAACGUGAAGUACAAGGAGAAGUAUGAGAAGGAGAAGGGGAAGGCCAUGCUGGACUUUGAGACGCCCACGUAUGUGACGGCUAAAGAGGCCCAGCACAUGCAGAGUCAGAAAGACUAUAAGAAGGACUUUGAGGAGCACAUGAGGGGCAAGAACCUCUCAGGGUUGGAGGUCACGCCCGCCAUGAUACAUGUCAGACACGCCACCAAAAUAGCCAGUGAGAAAGAGUACAGGAGGGAUCUAGAGGAGGGAGUGAAGGGUAAAGGGCUAACUCAGCUGGAGGAAACUCCGGAGCUUUUGAGAGCAAAGAAUGCCACUCACAUCCUGUCUGAGAGAGAGUACAAGAAGUCUCUGGAGCUGGAGAUCAAGGGAAGAGGAAUGAUGGCUUUGGCUACAGACACGCCGGACUUCAUGAGGGCGAGGAACGCUACCGACAUCCUCAGUCAGUCUAAGUACAAGCACACCGCUGAGAUGGACCGGGCCAGCUACACCAGUGUCAUCGACACUCCAGACAUCAUCCAUGCUCAGCAGAUGAAGAACAUCAUCAGCCAGAAAAAGUACAGAGAGGAAGCUAACAAGACGAUGUCUCACUACGUUCCCGUCCUGGACACUCCGGAGAUGCUGAGAGUCCGUGAGAACCAGAAGAACUUCAGCACCCAUCAAUACCAGAUUGACCAUAAAAACAUAAAGGGCAAAGUGUGCACUAUAAAGGACACUCCUGAAAUGCUCCGUGUUAAAGAGAAUACAAAGAAUUUCAGCUUGAUUCACUACAAAGAGGAUGUGGGAGGAGGAACUUCUUUGCCCAAGACCCCUGAGAUGGAGAGAGUUAAACACAACCAGCGCAACAUUAGCACGAUUCAGUACAAGGAGUCCGUGGGUCAAGGCACCUCCAUACCAGAUCUCCCUGAGGUGAAGCGGGUCCGAGAAACCCAGAAGAAUAUCAGCUCGAUUCAAUACAAAGCAGGAGUGGAACAAGGCACGUCAGUAUCAGAGACCCCCGAGAUGGAGAGAGUCAAACGCAAUCAGCACAACAUUAGCACGAUUCAGUACAAGGAGUCCGUGGGUCAAGGCACCUCCAUACCAGAUCUCCCUGAGGUGAAGCGGGUCCGAGAAACCCAGAAGAAUAUCAGCUCGAUUCAAUACAAAGCAGGAGUGGAACAAGGCACGUCAGUAUCAGAGACCCCCGAGAUGGAGAGAGUCAAACGCAAUCAGCUCAACAUUAGCACGAUAAAGUACAAGGACUCUCUGGGUCAAGGCACGGCGAUAUCGGACCUCCCCGAGGUGAAGCGGGUCAAACAAACCCAGAAGAACAUCAGCUCGGUGUUGUAUAAAGACAGUUCACUCAAGGGAACUCCAGUGGUGUUUACCCCGGAGAUGGAGCGAGUCAAAAGGAACCAAGAAAACAUUAGCUCGGUGCUGUACUCUGACAGUUUCCGUAAGCAGGUCCAAGGAAAGGCCGCCUUCGUUCUGGACACACCUGAGAUGAGGCGCGUCAGGGAGACCCAGCGCAUCAUUUCUGGGGUGCGAUACCACGAGGACUUUGAGAAGAGCAAAGGCAGCUUCACCGCCACGACCUCCGACCCCGUGAUGGAGCGCGUGAAGAAGAACACCCAGGACUUCAGCGACAUCAACUACCGCGGCAUCCAGAGACGCACUGUGGAGAUGGAGAGGAAGAGGGCCAUCGAGCACGACCAGGAGACCACCACCGAUCUGCGUGUUUGGCGUACGAACCCCGGCUCAGUGUUCGACUACGACCCGGCGGAGGACAACAUCCAGUCCAGGAGUCUCCACAUGAUGUCAGUUCAAGCUCAGCGUCGCAGUAAGGAGCACUCCCGCUCCACCAGCGCUCUGAGCGGAUUGGCCGACGAGAAGUCCGAGGUGUCCCAGGACGCCGACCACCACAUGUCCCUCUACAGCAACGGCUUCAUGGCCUCCUCCACCGGUUACCAGCAUGCUAAGACUGUGGAGCUGCAGCAGAGGUCCUCAUCAGUGGCCACCCAGCAGACCACCGUGUCCUCCGUCCCCUCACACCCCUCUACCACCGGGAAAACGGUUCGCGCCAUCUACGACUACGGCGCCGCCGACAACGACGAGAUUUCCUUCAAGGACGGCGACGUCAUCGUGAACGUGCAGGCCAUCGACGAGGGCUGGAUGUACGGCACCGUGCAGCGCACCGGCAAGACCGGCAUGCUGCCCGCCAACUACGUGGAGGCCAUCUAAAAAACGACCACGACCACCACCAGCGACGCAUCCACGGGACAAAACGCAUCGGCGCGUGGCUUAGAGCAGAUGUGUAGUUUGUAGUUUGUAGUUUUUGUCGCUCUGUAUCUGUUAUCUUUCAUGUGCUGCUGUUUCCUGUGGAUGUGACGUCACCACGACAUGACACAUAUAAAUAUUUAUCAUUAUACAUGACAUUUAAGAUCACUCUCUUGGAAAAAACAAGACUCACCAACACCACCAAUACUCCCUUUGUAUAUUUAAACAAAUAUUAUAAUAUAUAUGAAGCAUUCUUUUCUCAAAUAGUUCCAUUUGUAGUCCUAAAUGGAAAUUCUAUGGCGAGAAAAAAGAAAAGACUAGAAUGAUGAAACGUAGGAGCAAUGAGUCAGCCUCCGCCUCCUCCACGAUGAAGCCGCUCCAUGAAGAGUUGAACGAGUCAGCCUCAGUCUUCCCUCCUUCACACUGACGGCCGGACAAAAGUAGAAUGUGUGUUUUU